AUGUCAGAAAUACCAAUGCCCGAACCCACCAACAAGCGCCUACCACUCUCACAAUACCAAAUCAUUUCAUUCGACGUCUACGGCACCCUAAUACAAUACAAACAACACAUCCUCUCAUCAUUCAAACCAUUACUCUCGCGAUUACCAACAGAUUCCCCUCUACGUAACUCAGCCCCCCUAUCAUCGCACAUAUCCGACUCAGCAACCACAGGCGACAUUGAAUUCCUCAAAAUCUUCCAAAAACAGGAAGACACUAUCAAGCUGGAACUAGCUUCAAACCCACUACGCUUCGACAAGGCCCUACAGGAGAUUUGGCGACGGGUCGCUGCGCAACUCGGUGUAACGACUACAGACGAAGAAGUGCAGCGUUUUGGAAGUGAGGAAAACAUCAAGUCUUGGCCUUGUUUUCCAGGAAGUAUUGAGGCUCUACAAGUAAUUCAAUCUGCGUCUUCUGGCCAUAAACUCGUGGCACUGAGUAAUAUCGACAAAUACGCUACGGACUUGACAUUUGCUGCUUCUGGGCUUGGGAAUAUCAGCUGGUCGAAGGUGUAUACGGCGGAGGACUUUGGGACAAGUGAAGAGGAUCUUAAAUUGGCUGAUCAGCGGAAGUUCGAGGCCCUACUCAAGUAUGCGGAUGACAUUGGGUGUAGCAAGGAACGUAUUCUGCAUGUUGCGCAAUCUCUGGGACAUGAUCAUGCGCCUGCGAAGAAGAUGGGUGUUAGUUCUGUCUUCCUUACUGGUGAUGGGCCGGUCUGGGGUAAAGAGGGUGAAUCUAGAAUGGCUGUUGAGAAGGGAUUGGUUGGGUAUGGUUGGAGAUGUGAGGAUUUGAGAGAGUUUUCGAAGCUCAUCAAGCAGCAGGAAGAGCAGUGA